GGACACAGGGCUCAUCCUGUGCUCCGGCUGAUAUGUCCAACUGUGUACGCUGAUGGCAGGAUGGGAGCAGAGGGCUGAGCAGUGCAGGGAGCUGGGGCUGUAGAGCCUGCCCCAUGGACAAGGGGUGGCCCUGGCACAUGGGGUGCAGCAAUCCACCUUGGAGUUAACACAGGCUGCCUUGUCCUCGCCGCACUGUGACACCAAAUACUUCAGCUGAGGUGUAGCCCUGGAACUCAUGCACCUUCCUCUCCCCUGUAGGAACAGGGGGACAGAGCUGUCGUCUCCCUCUGCAGGCAGCAGGUCCGGAAAGAUGACUCGCUGCCAGGUGGUUGCCAUCCUCCUGCUUUCCUUCCUUCCCAGGACCGCAGCUGGAAGUUCGCUUCCCACCCUCGUUCCCCGGUCCACGGUGCAGCUGGGCAGAGCGCGGUUCUCGGCCCGGCCCGUGCUGGAUUUGGCUACACGCUGUGACCAGGCGUGUGUCCGCAGGGAGGCCGCCCUGCUGCCCCAGGACUUCCAGGAGUACCUCUUCUAUGAGACACUGUACGCCAACGGCACCCGCACUCUCACCACGGUGGAGCUGAGCCCCGGUGAGAGCAGCACGGACAGGAGGUGGCCGAGGAGGCGCAUGCGGCGCAAGCGACAGAUUUACGGCACGGAUGGGCGGUUUUCCAUCAGUGGGAACCACUUCCUGAUGGAUUUCCCCUUCUCCACCACUGUUAAGAUCUCCACGGGGUGCACGGGGGUGCUGGUGUCCGAGCAGCACGUCCUCACGGCUGCCCACUGUGUCCACGAUGGCCGAGACUACGUGAAGGGUGCCAGGAGGAUCAAGGUGGGCUUCCUGAUGCCAGCCAAUGGCACGGGGAGGCCGGCGAUGCGCUGGGCUCGUGUGCGGCGCACGCAGGUGCCCAAGGGUUGGAUCCAAAGCCUCAACUCGGUCAGCAUGGACUACGAUUACGCCCUUUUGGAGCUGCACAGACCACACCGGCGCCCGCACAUGGAGCUGACGGUGGCUCCGGCAGCGGAAGAAAUGGCUGGGAAGAGGAUUCAUUUCUCAGGGUUUGACAGCGACCGGCCGGGAGAGCUGGUGUACCGCUUCUGUGGGGUGGAAGAUGAGACGACGCAUCUCAUCUACCAGCACUGCGAUGCCAGGCCUGGCGCAUCCGGCUCUGGGGUGUAUGGCAAGGUGUGGGAUCCCGUGCGGCACAAGUGGGAGAGGAAGGUGAUCGGCGUCUUCUCUGGGCAUCAGUGGCUGGAAGUGGGGGGGGAGCAGCACGACUACAACGUUGCUGUUCGCCUGACUGCUCCCAAGUUUGCUCAGAUUUGUUAUUGGAUCAGAGGGGACUAUAAAAGCUGCCAGAAUGAAUGAGAACCGGAGCCUUCCUCUUCCCCUCCCCAGUGCAGAUGGCUCUGAGUGUGGUGUUGUGAGUGAGAAUGAGUGUGAGGAGGAGCAUUGCCUGCCAGAACUGCUCCGCUGCUAAACUUAAUUCUGUCCCGGAGUGAUAGGGUCUCUGCAACACACACGGGAUCCAGCGGAGAGACUCAGCUAAGCCUGAAGAGCGUGUACGCUCUUGUGGUGAACUCAGCAUCAGACUUCUUUGCUAGAGAGUCAGGUCCGGGCUGCUACCUGCAGCAGGUUAACUGCUAGCAGCUCUUAGAGUCGGUCACUGCAUGCCUGUUCCCAGCUGCGCUGUUUCCCUUGGGUCACUUCAGGUGUCUCGGUUUGCUGGCUGUGCUGCCCUGCUCGGCACUGCCCCAGUUCUGUGAGGACAAAGCACUUUUUCUUCUAAUGGUGCCUUUGUGUGCCUGAUGAAAGAUGCCUGAAAAGCAACC